AUGGGUAGCUCAGAUUUCUCAUGGAAAUUACCGGAUCAUCCUAAGCUUCCAAAGGGAAAGACUAUUGCUGUUGUUGUUUUGGAUGGUUGGGGUGAGGCUAACCCUAAUGAGUACAACUGUAUCCAUAUCGCCGAAACACCCACCAUGGAUUCCCUUAAAAAGGGUGCACCUGAACAUUGGAGAUUGGUUAGGGCUCAUGGUAAAGCUGUAGGGCUUCCAACUGAGGAUGACAUGGGUAACAGUGAAGUUGGUCACAACGCACUCGGUGCUGGACGUAUAUUUGCUCAAGGAAAAUGUGAACUAAUUUUGUUGCUUGAAACAUUUGGAUUUGCUGUGCCUAUUCUUUUAUGUCAUGGCAUAGCAAAUGAAUGUAAUAAGGCUAAAAGAGAGUUUCAAGAGCAAAAUAAUUAUGUUGAAAGGCUUAGACAGAAGCUUGAUAAUGUCAGUAAAUUUCCUAUGAAAAUAGCUCAAGAGUCAGGGGAAAAAAUAGCCAUUACUUCCAGUGUAAUGUCAGCUGGUGAAUCCAAAGUUCCUGCUGUGGAGGUAUCCAAGACAAUCAGUUUAAGCAGAAAUCCAACCUUGACUAGUCAGGCAAUGAGAAGGACAUGGCCUUUGGUUGUGGGCACAUGGUUUCUUGCAGAAACUGGUUUAGUCUCUGUUGAACAUCAAAUGCGAGAGAUGGGCUUGGACGUUAAGGCUCCUGUAGAGACUGACAAAAAGGCCGAAUAA